GACAAGCUGCGCCAGGCAGCUGCGUUCGGCGAGAUGGGACACGAGUGCGCGCGUCGUGGGCGCUGUAAGAGUCGUGGGGCGACCUGCAGGCCUUCGCUUCUUGACCGCUCGCUUCUGUGCGGCUGCCCGACCAACAAGUCCGCCUACGACCGCUUCUACGAUGUCUGCCACAAGGGGCAGGCCUUGCACAGGGUGGCUCUGAUCUCGUCUGUGCUGAUCACUCUCACGGGAGUGGCGCUAGCUGUGGCCAGCCUUCUCGGCAACCUGCGCCAGCGGUGCUACGAGGGAACGGGUGCCCACGAGGAUGCCACUUUCAAGAUCCCGGAGUGGGCCGAGCCGGACAGCUACUACAUGUCCACGCGGUUCUGGGUGUCCGAGCAGCCGUACUUUGCCAUGGACCACCGUGAAGCGAGGCUGCCUCCCAAGAAGUACUUCUCCUGGUAGCAGCCUGCAAGCCUCAGCCGGCUUCACCGUCUUAGUUAACACGUCCCGGCCGGCACACGAGAGGCUCGCGCCAGGUUUCGAACAAGCGCUUGGAAUUUUCGCCCAGUGAAACGUGAACAAUUGUCAUAUUGCGCUUCGCUCACGUCACUGGGGCAUUUUCAUUCCACAUUUUUUAUUGUCCUACUCACAAGAACAAGCGCUUCGUAGUUUUUGUUAUCCGUUAUAAGUUUUGGCAAAAACGGUGUGAAAAUGCGGGACUGUGAAACGGCGACUUGGACGCAACGUGCAGGACAGACGCAUGUAUUUGGAUGGAACGUUACCUGCGUGGCAAGCUAUUUGUGC